GCUUGGGAAGGUAGUUUAGUUACGUGCCUGGGAAUUGCGCCGAUUUACACUUUAGCCUUUGAACAAAGUGCCGUUAGCGUGGAGUGGGGCUGCUGGAAAGGGAGGCGAAUGUGCGGCUUGGAAACCAAAGAACAAUAAAGCGCUUCCUCUCGCUCCACACGAGACCGUCCCGCGGGCUGGGCGGCCUCUGGACCAUCCGGAGAGAACAUGGCGGCGCCCGGAGCCCGGAGCUGCAACCUCUCGGGCCUGCUCCCGGCUCAGACCUCGCUGGAGUACGCCCUGCUCGACGCCGUGACCCAGGAGGAGAAGGACGGCCUGGUCUACCAGUAUCUGCAGAAGGUGGACGGCUGGGAGCAGGACUUGUCGGUGCCGGAGUUUCCGGAAGGAUUAGAAUGGCUGAAUACGGAAGAACCUAUUUCUGUUUAUAAGGAUCUAUGUGGAAAAGUGGUCGUCCUUGAUUUCUUCACCUACUGCUGCAUAAACUGUAUUCACCUGUUGCCUGAUCUUCAUGCAUUAGAACACACAUACUCUGAUAAAGAUGGUCUUCUGAUUGUUGGUGUUCACUCGGCUAAGUUUCCAAAUGAAAAAGUCCUGGAUAACCUUAGGAGUGCUGUUCUUCGAUACAACAUCACCCACCCUGUGGUUAAUGACACAGAUGCCAGCCUUUGGCAAGAACUAGAAGUUUCCUGCUGGCCAACUCUGAUCAUACUCGGACCGCGUGGAAACAUGUUGUUUUCUUUGAUUGGAGAAGGACAUAAAGAGAACUUAUUUUUAUAUACUUCAAUAGCUUUAAAGUAUUACAAAGACAGGGGGCAGAUCAGAGCUAAUAAAAUUGGAAUAAAGCUCUAUAAAGACUCCUUGCCACCUUCACCACUGCUGUUUCCUGGCAAAAUAGCAGUGGACCAUGUGUCUAACAGAUUGGUAAUAGCAGAUACUGGACACCAUAGAAUUUUGGUCGUUUGGAAGAAUGGACAAACUCAGCACAGCAUUGGAGGACCCAACCCUGGAAGAAAAGAUGGAAUCUUUUCAGAGUCAAGUUUUAACUCACCGCAAGGUGUAGCCAUAAUGAAUAAUAUCAUAUAUGUGGCAGAUACAGAAAAUCACCUUAUAAGAAAGAUUGACCUAGAAGCUGAGAUGGUGAGCACUGUGGCUGGCAUUGGAAUUCAAGGUACAGAUAAAGAAGGUGGAGCUAAAGGAGAUGAACAGCCCAUUAGUUCCCCUUGGGAUGUAGUUUUUGGAAGGUCAGGUUCAGAGGUCCAAAGAGAUAACAUUCUGUGGAUAGCCAUGGCAGGGACUCAUCAAAUAUGGGCACUCUUGUUGGACUGUGGCAGAUUACCAAAGAAAAAUGAGUUAAAAAAAGGAACCUGCCUUCGGUUUGCUGGAAGUGGAAAUGAAGAGAAUCGGAAUAAUGCAUACCCUCACAAGGCAGGCUUUGCUCAGCCUUCAGGCCUGUCUCUGGCCGCAGAGGACCCCUGGAGCUGCCUGUUCGUGGCAGACAGCGAGAGCAGCACGGUGAGAGCCGUCUCGCUGAAAGACGGAGCAGUGAGACCCCUCGUGGGAGGAGAGAGAGACCCCACGAAUUUAUUUGCUUUUGGUGAUGUUGAUGGAGUAGGAAUCAAUGCAAGGCUUCAGCACCCACUUGGAGUAACUUGGGACAAGAAAAGGAAUUUACUGUACGUGGCAGACUCUUACAAUCACAAGAUUAAAGUUGUGGAUCCAAAAACAAAAAACUGUACAACAUUAGCAGGAACUGGUAAUGCAAGUAAUGUUAUCGGUUCCAGUUUUACCGACUCAACUUUUAAUGAACCAGGAGGCUUGUGUAUUGGAGAGAAUGGUCAAUUAUUAUAUGUGGCAGACACCAAUAACCAUCAAAUUAAAGUAUUGGAUUUAGAAACCAAAACAGUGUCCGUGUUCCCAGUCUUCAGAUCUGAAAAUGCUGUGGUGGAUGGUCCAUGUCUAGCAGAAAAACCAAAGACCUUACCCAAGCUACCCAAGUCUGCUCCAGGCAUUAGACUCUCCCCUGUGGCUGCGUCUCCCGGACAGACUCUUCAGUUCAAGCUGAGAUUAGACCUCCCGUCGGGAACAAAGCUAACUGAGGGAGCUUCCAGUUGCUGGUUUCUGUCAGCUGAAGGCAAUGAAUGGCUUCUUCAAGGACAGAUACCAUCUGGAGAGAUAGAGAGCAUUUCUAAUCAACCAACAAUCUCACUGCAGAUUCCUGGAGAUUGUUUAUCACUUGAGGCCAUUCUGUCUAUCAGCGUGUUUCUCUAUUACUGUAGCGCAGACAGUAGUGCCUGUAUGAUGAAGGGAAUUUUGUUCAGUCAGCCUUUACAAAUAACUGAUACACAGCAAGACUGCAUACCUCCAGUAGAACUCAAGUAUAUAUUUUAGCAAGCUGGCUAGCAACCCAGUGCCACCUCUUCUUGAUCCUCACCGUCACUGUAAUUUAUGAAAAGAAACUUUAUUUCUGCCUCUGGGUACCUAGAAACCCAUUGUUCAGUUCUAGCAACUGAUACUAAAAUAAAGUAUGCUCCUUAUUUAAUUAUUUAUUAUAGACAAAUUCCUUCAUUCUGGCUGUGUACCAGCAAAGUCACUGUCCAUGAUUUGAACCAUGAUUCUGUAAUCUGUGCUGUUACUUGGCACAAGACUUAAGUCCAUGUUAUAGGAAAGAAUAUUAUCGGGAGAUAAUUUUCAAUGAAUACUGAUAACAAUAAUGAUACCAAAUAUUUUAACUAACUUUUACCUUUUAUGAAGCAGCACACCUGAAUGUAUAAAUUUCACAGUAACUUUAAAUAGAGCUUAAGAUCCACGUGUUGGUAUAAGGACACCUGCCAUUCAAGGUGUAAGGUCUGUUUUAGAUCAAGAAAAAAAAUGUCUUCAUCACAGUAGUGGCUUAAAGAGCAUGUAGGUGGUAAAAAUAUUCCUUGUUCUCUUCUGUGAUUUUCUCAUUUGAGAUAUAUUUAUGGUUAUAAA